AGUGACAGAGUGCGGUAGCUUUAAGAGUGGAGGAGGCGUGGUGCUGCUGUUGUGACUGACUUGUCAGCUCCUUCACUCCACUAUCACUCAGCUGAAUGAACAGCCUCGUUCAGCCAACACGGGCCAUCUCUCUCGCUCUCUCUCUCACACACACACACACACACUCUCCGUCUUUAUCCACACACACACGCACUCACGCCGUGUGCUCGUUCGCCUCCUGACUGCGACCCGGGAUUAUAAUCGUUGUCCUUCUCCACCGCGCACUGACUGUUUCUGCGUCACGAAGCCUGGAGAUCAUGCCCCCUAGAUAGCAGCCUCGCUCUCCUCCUCCACUCCCCCUCCCUGGCCUUCCUGGUCCAGCAUCACCACUGUCACCUGUGUCACCACAGCCACCAUGCCUCCCAGGAAGAGGACGCGGCCGGGCCUGGGCCUCCUGUGCUGCUUUGGCAGCAGCGAACCCCCAGAGAUCAACUUGAAGGACAGCGAACCACUGCAGCUGCUCGAGUUCAGCGCCCCCAUGCCACACGCUGAGGAGCUGCAUGCGCGGUUCUCUGAACUAGUGGAUGAACUAGACCUGACGGAUAAGAACAGGGAGGCCAUGUUCGCUCUGCCUGAUGAGAAGAAAUGGCAAAUCUAUUGCAGCAAGAAGAAGGAGCAAGAGGACCCCAACAAAUUGGCGACCAGUUGGCCGGACUAUUACAUCGACCGCAUCAACUCCAUGGCUGCUAUGCAGACCCUGUUUGCCUUUGACGAGGAGGAAAUGGAAAUGAGGAACAAGGUGGUGGAAGAUCUGAAGACAGCACUUCGGACUCAGCCAAUGAGGUUCGUCACACGCUUCAUUGAGCUGGACGGCCUCACCUGCCUCCUCAACUUCCUGCGCAGCAUGGACUACGAGACGUCAGAGAGCCGCGUCCACACCUCCGUCAUCGGCUGCAUCAAGGCCUUGAUGAACAACUCGCAGGGCCGCGCUCACGUGCUCGCCCACCCGCAGAGCAUCAACACCAUCUCGCAGAGCCUGCGGACAGAGAACGUCAAGACCAAGGUGGCCGUGCUGGAGAUCCUCGGUGCCGUGUGCCUGGUGCCUGACGGACACAAGAAGGUGCUGCAGGCCAUGGCACACUACCAGAGAUAUGCUGCUGAGAGGACUCGCUUCCAGACGCUGCUGAACGAGCUGGACCGGAGCACAGGUCGCUACAGGGACGAGGUCAACUUGAAAACAGCCAUCAUGUCCUUCAUCAAUGCUGUGCUGAACGCUGGAGCUGGGGAGGACAACCUGGAGUUUCGCCUCCAUCUAAGGUACGAGUUCCUGAUGUUGGGCAUCCAGCCAGUCAUCGACAAACUGCGAGGACAUGAAAACGCCACUCUGGACAGGCACUUGGACUUCUUUGAGAUGGUGCGGAAUGAGGAUGACUCAGAGCUCGCAAAACGAUUUGAUACGACCCAUGUAGAUACCAAGAGUGCAGGUUCUAUGUUUGAAGUGAUCAAGAAAAAGCUGAGCCACACAGAUUCCUACCCCCACCUCAUCUCCAUCCUCCAACACUGCCUGCAGCUGCCCUAUAAGCGUGGAGGUGGAACCCUGCAGCACUGGCAGCUCUUAGACAGGAUCCUGCAGCAGAUCGUUCUACAGGACGACAAGGGAGAGGACCCCGACAUCUCUCCUCUGGAUAACUUCAAUGUGAAGAACAUCAUCCGACUGUUGGUCAACGAGAAUGAGGUGAAACAGUGGCGCGACCAGGCAGAGAAGUUCAGGAAAGAUCAUGUAGAGCUGCUCGGUAAACUGGAGAGGAAGGAGCGAGAGUGUGAAACCAAGACGCAGGAGAAGGAGGACAUGAUGAAGACUUUGAACAAGAUGAAGGACAAGCUGCAGCGCGAGGGUGUGGAGCUGCGCUCAGCCAGGGAGCAAGUCUUCGACCUGUCGUCACGCAUCAAUGACAUCGCUUGCGGCAGCUCGUCUUUCCCUCCUCCUCCUCCCCCUCCCGGUGGGCCUGUGCCUCCACCUCCGCCCCCCAUGACCGGUGGCUUCCCACCACCGCCUCCGCCGCUGCCGUUCAGCUGCCCGCCUCCUCCGCCACCUCCGCCGCCGCCCGGUGGGCCGCCUCCUCCACCAGGGGCCCCUCCCAUGUUUGGAAUCCCACCUCCUCCUAUUCCUUCCUCCUUCAACUCGGCGAACACGCUGCGUUCCAAGUCCAUCCCUCAGCCGUCUCAUCCGCUCAAGUCCUUCAACUGGUCUAAACUAGGAGAGAAUCUGAUCAAUGGAACCAUCUGGAAUGACAUCGAUGACCUGAGAGCGUUCAAGAUUCUUGACCUCAAGGACAUAGAGAAGAUGUUUUCAGCCUAUCAGAGACAGCAGGAUCUGCUUAAUAACCAAUCCUUCAAACAGAAAGAGACCGGCUCCAUGGACGACAUAUACGUCAGCACGCGGAAGGUCAAAGAGCUGUCGGUCAUCGACGGCAGACGCGCACAGAACUGUGUCAUUCUGCUUUCAAAGUUAAAAAUGAGCAAUGAAGAGAUUAGCAGGGCGAUAAUGGAGAUGGAUGAGAGAGAAGAGCUGGCCAAAGAUAUGCUGGAGCAGCUGCUGAAGUUUAUCCCAGAGAAAAGUGACAUUGACUUGUUGGAGGAGCACAAACACGAGUUGGAGCGCAUGGCCCGGGCGGAUCGCUUCCUCUUUGAAAUGAGCAGAAUUGACCACUAUCAGCAGAGACUGCAGGCUCUGUUCUUUAAGAAGAAGUUUGCAGAGCGUCUGGGUGAAACCAAGCCCAAAGUUGAAGCUCUCCUGAGCGCAUCCAGGGAGGUGGUGCGGAGCAAGCGGCUCACUCAGAUCCUGGAGGUGGUGCUGGCCUUUGGCAACUUCAUGAACAAGGGCCAGAGAGGAAAUGCCUUCGGCUUCAAGAUCUCCAGCCUCAACAAGAUCGCCGACACCAAGUCCAGCAUAGACAGGAACAUCACCAUGUUGCACUAUCUGAUCAUGAUCUUUGAGAAGAACUACCCGGACACGCUGCACAUCCUGGAGGAUCUCUACAGCGUCCCAGAGGCUGCCAAAGUCAAUUUGGCUGAGUUGGAGAAAGAGGUGAACAAUAUCAGGAGUGGACUGAAGGCUCUGGAGGCGGAGCUGCACUACCAGCAGAGCAGGACGAGGGAACGCGGGGACAAGUUUGUGGCCGUGAUCAGCGACUUCAUCACCGUGGCUGGCUUCAGCUUCUCUGAACUGGAGGACCAGCUGAGUGAAGCCAAGGACAAGUUUGGCAAAUGUCUGAAGCACUUUGGGGAGGAUGAAGGGAGGAUGCAGCCCGACGAGUUCUUUGGGAUCUUCGACACCUUUUUACAGUCAUUCUGUGAAGCGCGGCAAGACCUGGAGAACAUGCAGCGGCGCAAGGAUGAGGAGGAGCGGCGGGCGCGGAUGGAGGCCAUGCUCAAAGAACAGAGGGAGCGGGAAAGACGGGCCAAGAAGACCGGGGCAGCGGAGGAAGUCGGCGGCGAGUUUGACGACCUGGUCUCGGCGCUGCGUUCCGGCGAGGUCUUCGACAAGGACCUGAACAAGUUCAAACGUAACCGCAAGCGCUCGGUGAACCAGCUGGUGGAGGGCGGUGGCCGCGAGCGAGCGGUCACCAAGGUCAACUACUAGGCUGAGGAACACAAGGAGACAUGAACAUGUAACAUCUAAAUUCUGCCGUGGCGUAGAUUGAUUUCUUAGCACCUUUUAGUCCAGGUCCUUGAACAGUGACGUUUUUCUGACGCUGAUGUAAAAGUGGCUGGAACAGAUGUGAACGGACAAGGAUGCAACGCUCUCCUCUUUUUCCAACCUGUUAGUCGUGGACGUUUGUGCGAUCUCCUGAGGCGACGGAGGAACGAGAGAGAUCCAUGGAACGGAGCAACAAACCACUGUGACACAUUAUCCCAUGUCUCGUCACCAUACGCCCUCUGACCCUCACCGCUCUGUUAUUCUUCAAAAACCCUUUCGUGUUCCUCAGAACGCAACAGUCCCGUCUCUGUUGCUGCCUGGUUUUUGGAUCGGCCAGUCACACUGUACAUAGACACCAGACCAAGAGAAAGAAUCGGGAAAGGUACGACGGAGGCUGAUAUAAGUGAGACGGACAGAGAAGGUGGAAAAGGGAGGGGAAGUAAGCCAUAACUUCCACAAUCAGGUGUCCCUCACAAAAGACGCCUUCAGCCACAGAGCGGAUAAUCAUGGACUUUCAGAGAAGGACGUUGUCAAAUCCCAGAGAGCGUUGGGGGACGGACACAUGGUGGCGGCGGCGGCAGCAGUGGCAGGGGUGUGAAGGUUCCUUCCCCCCGGUCUCCUCAGCACACAGCAUUCCCAGGCUGGAUGUACGUCCUGUACGUCCUGAGCUGCAACUCCAGAGGACAGACAGACGGAGACUGUGCCACACGGGUGACGUCUCGCCGACACCUCAGUGAUUUGUGCUCUGGCAUCAAACCGUGCCAAAGUGACGAGAAAACAAAUGUAAAUGUAUUAAUACAAACAACAUACUGCAAUUAGACCUGGAUAUAUAUUUAUAUUUAGAUGCAGACGAGCUAAUUGCAAAGAUGUAGAGGUUUUUUUUUAUUGUUUUUCAAGGCGUUUUGGGGGUUUUUGUACACGGUGCAUAUGUGUUGGUGUUGAGAGUUCACAUUUGCUGUUGAAGUGAAUUUCUAUACAUUUUGCGCUUUAUGUAAAAAAAAAAAAAAAAGAAAGAAAAAAAAGAGAUAAUUGCUGGUCCUUUUCACACCUGUAUGUGUUUGCACUGUAGCUUUUCUCCCACACGUCCAGCACGUGUCCUCUUUGUAUUUAAACUCCUAAUCUAUAACAAAGACAAUGAAGGAAUGUCAUCAAUUAAUUUAAUCUGACGGGAACCAACUCUCUCUCUCUCUGCCUGCACAGAUGAUUUUCACGUGAAUGUGUGUGUGUGUGUGUGUGUGUGUACUCUUCUUAAAUCAGGAUUUUCUCUGACUGUGUUUUUAAUGACUAGAUUUACCUGGUGCUAAAAACAUGUGCUGUCUUGACUGAACCGUCAGGCACAAAUUAACCAGUGUUUGAUCGCUCGCUCACCAAAAUUCAUCCUUACAUCAUCUGUGUUUGUACGUCAGUCGCCAUAGUUACAUGUACUGAGUCUGUUACUGCAACGAAAGCACUUAGAAGAAGCAACAUUUAGUGUUAGACGAUGACCGGAAACAACAGCUUAUGAAAAGUAUCCUCACGUCCAUCUUUACGCGCAGCUUCUCUCAUGUUUUGAGUUAUUAAAAGUAUGAUAAUCCGAUGGGUUCUGAAAGCUGAAAGUGAAAACAUGCUCCACAGAUGAACCCAGAGAGCAGUCCGAGGGCAAACCACACACUGAGCUCGUAUGAAAACGCUCUGAUUAUCUUGGUUUUUUUUUGGUUCUUCUGUAACCGUCUCAGUCCGCUCCGUCCUCGUGUUUACUGCGCUUCGGGUCCAGAGUGCAAGAAACGUGGACUUAAUCUGUGAGACGUAAUCUAAUCACAACAAACCGUGUCGAUAGAAAGAGAGGUGUCAUGUUCAAAACCUUUGUGUUUUUGCAUUCAAAUUUGAUUAGUCAGCACAUCAGUGGCUGCUUUAGUUUAUUUAAAGUAAAAUAACUGUUUAUUCUUAACUUUGGACACAGAGGAUUCAUGUGGUGGUUUGUUCUCCUCGCCAAAAUCUCUCCCGCUGCACUUAAUCUAAUCUAGUCCUUAUGUAUUUGUAUUGAUCUGCCUGAGACUGUUUUUGUGUUUCCAAAACAUGAACAUGGACUGAGGCUUACACUUGGAUUUAGACUCUGUGGCGCCAUCUUGUGGCCGUAUGUUGUAUCACUGUGUUCCAGCCGAAAUAACGCCCUCUAGUGUUCCUCAGUGUGACUGCAUGUUAUCAUGAGAAGCUGACGUGAUUGUAAAGACGACCCAGGAUCUUUAGUUCACAUGUCCCCACACUUCAGAGAUGAACCAAAAAAAGACUGAAACUUUGCGACACUUUAAGAGAAUUUAAAAAAAGAGGUCCUUAUCAUACGGUUUCUUCUUCCUCUUCUUCUUCUUCUUCUUCUUCUUCUUCUUCUUCUUCUCCUUCUCCUGCCCCUCAUGUAUAUUUGAGCUCUUGAGUUUUCUAACCUGUGCUUCUGUCUCGUCCCAGUUAAUCACAUUUACUAUAGCAGACUUCAGCAGUCUAACCUGUAUCGUAGUGCAGACCAUGUACGCAGGGGUCCUCGCAUCAUUGUCAGUAUUAUUUCAUGUUUGUGUUACAUGUUUAUUUUUGGCCAUUGAUUGGCUGAUUUUUAUUUUUUUUUUUCGGAUUGUAAAGAUGGAAACCAGAGGAAUGAAAUUGAGUAGCUUGUUCAAUGCACUUUUAUUAUAGGACAUUUCCAUUCACGGCGCCGCAUCGAGGGCUUUAGGUGCCUCAGAAAACAGCGAGGGUGCAACACAAGAGCGGGAAAGACCACGAGUAAUCUGCAGGAGAAGGAAUUAUGUACAAAGAGGUGACACAAGCAUGAAAACCUCACCUGUCGUUUGUGUUUACAGAGGGAUAAAGGGGGGGUAGUUUGUCUCCGUCAGCACAUUUCCUGUCAGCUGACACUUGGCAUUGAUGGUGCAUGCCUGACAACGUGUGAUUGUAAAUGUGUUGACUUGAACCCUUUUUUGCUUGCAGUAUCAAUCACACCUGAUCUGUCCCUGCCUGAGAUAACGUUGCACCCAGUGUUAGAGGUCGUGUAGCGGCGAGGAGUCAGUAUUUUUAUGUUUGGAAAAAAAGAAAAGAAAUAUCCUCCUCAGAAAGAUGUACAGUUGGAAAAAAAAAGGAUUUUUGUACAUCAUUCUUGAUGUUUGAGAUAUGAUUUAAAAAAAAAAAAGAAAUAUUAAAACGUUGAGGAAUGUUCCAUUUUUCUGUAUAUUGUACCUCUAUUUAUUUGCCUUAUUUAGUUUGCUAUAUUUUGUAUGUACACAAAGCAUUACAACGAAAUGUUAUAUUAAAUAUAUGAAUAAUUCAACUGUGGUCCUCGUAUGAUGGAUAAUUUUGAGACUUGUAUAAGGAUGAGAAUCUUGUUUGGUUUUUUUCCAUUUGUUUUUUUGUAUUUUUAUUCUCACCCUGUGUCUUUUGUAGGGUAACAAUAAAGUGUUGUCCCUGA